AUGGCGGACGACAAGCGUGCUGGCGGUGGUGUUGAGCCAUUGGAUGGCAACGUCGUUUCCAACAUGGAAAAGAACCGCCGCGGGUCCCAAGCAACCGUGGAUCUGAACGACAAUACUGAGGCCAAAAUCAAGAACCCCCUUCUUGGCUUAGCCCGCGGCGAGCUUCUCCGCGAUGUCGAACACUUCGCUCAUGACAAGGGGUUAGACGAGUACCUGCCAAUUCUCAAAAAGGGUGCUCUUGUCGCACAAGACCCCACCGGCUUUGAAGACAUUGAUGGCCCUGAGGCUCUUGACACCGAUGAGUUGCAGGCGCUGCGCGAUGAGAUCCUACACAAGUGGCGUAUUCCCAAGAUCCUAUACCUGACCAUCAUCACCUGCUCCAUCGGUGCCGCUGUCCAAGGUUGGGAUCAGACGGGAAGCAACGGCGCCAACUUGUCUUUCCCCACGGUCUUUGGCAUCGGAGGAACCUCACACCAUGAUACUCUACUUGUUGGUCUUGUUAACAGUGCUCCAUACAUUGGUGCUUCUGUGGUUGGUUCUUGGCUCUCUGAUCCUCUGAAUAAUUAUCUAGGACGCAGAGGAGCCAUUCAAUUUGCUGCCCAGUUUUGCAUUUGGCCGGUAAUUGGUGCCGCCUGCAGUCAAACAUGGGAGCAGCUCUUGGUCUGCCGUCUCCUGCUCGGCAUUGGCAUGGGCGCGAAGGCCAGUACCGUUCCAAUCUUCGCUGCCGAGAAUUCGCCCGCGGCUAUCCGAGGCGCUCUCGUAAUGUCGUGGCAAAUGUGGACUGCCUUCGGUAUCCUUCUGGGCACUUGCGCAAAUCUUGCAGUUGGUAAGACAGGAGAUAUCUCAUGGCGUUUGCAACUCGGUUCGGCCUUCAUUCCUGCCGUCCCGCUCGCCGUUCUCAUUUACUUCUGCCCGGAAUCCCCGCGAUGGUACAUCAAGAAGAACAGGUACCAAAACGCCAUGAAGUCGCUUCUCAGAUUGCGCAAUCACCCAAUCCAAGCUGCGCGUGACAUUUACUACAUUCAUGCCCAGCUUCAGAUCGAGGCCGAGAUUAUUGGGCAGUCUACCUAUGCCAAGCGAUUCGUUGAGCUGUUCACCAUCCCUCGUGUCAGACGAGCUACACUGGCUUCCUUCACCGUCAUGAUUGCGCAGCAGAUGUGUGGUAAGAGACACUUGAUGGUUCCCCUCCUGAUCCAAUACUCACAAAGCAUGAAGGCAUCAACAUCAUCGCAUUUUACUCCAGUACCAUCUUUAAGGAGGCAGGCACAUCCGAGUUCAACGCACUCCUUGCGUCUUUUGGCUUUGGCAUGGUCAACUUUAUCUUUGCCUGGCCCGCCAUCUGGACUAUCGACACGUUUGGGCGGCGCUCACUGCUGCUCUUUACCUUCCCUCAAAUGGCGUGGACUUUGCUCGCGGCCGGUCUUUGCACUCUCAUCCCGGGGACCGGAGGUCUCCAUCUCGGACUUGUUGCACUCUUCGUCUAUCUCUUUGCUGCAUUCUACUCGCCCGGCGAGGGACCCGUUCCAUUCACGUACUCGGCUGAGGUGUUCCCUCUAUCCCACCGUGAGGUGGGAAUGUCAUGGGCAGUCGCGACUUGCCUUUUCUGGGCGGCCGUUUUGUCCAUCUCCUUCCCCAUCAUGCUGGCAGACCUGGGCGUUAUUGGAUCCUUCUGCUUCUACGCCGGCCUGA